AUGAUCGCGAGGGGUUCUAAGGUCGAGAAGUUCGAAGACACCCGGGACUCUACACUGGACAUUAUCAUAAAAUUGCCGGACGGCAACCAGUCCUUUUGCAGAUCCAGGAAGAGCUCGUUGACCAGAACAAGGAUCUCCGCAAAGCUUCAGGAGAUUCAACGACAACUAGAAGAGGCUAGUGCCAAAUAUGACUCAGAAUUGCAGGGUGUCCUUGCGCUACAGAAGGAGGAGUUGGAAAGAUUGCGAGAUGACUCGAGACGAGCUCAAGACGAGCUCCGUUACCAGAAUCGCAACGCUCAUCGGGACGCCGAAAUUCGUAUUAAAGACCUGAAACAGCUGCUAGUUCGGCAGAUGCAGGAAGCGGAGCUGAGCGUCAAGGCGCAGAGGAUUGAGAAUAGAAGGGAGUUCGAGCAAAUAGUUGCAAAGUUGAUGGAGGAUGAAGGCAGGAUUCGUACAGAAAAACGCCGCUUCAUGGAACAAACGAUCGUGGAUCUCCAGGAGAAGAAGAAGAAAACCCCCAGGGGAGCAAAGGCUUGGGUAGAGCACUGCUUAUGA